AUGAAGAUCAACAUCAGUAUCCUCGGAGCACUCGCUCUCGCUGUUGGUGCGUCUGCCAAGUGCGUCCACACCAGAAUCCCCAGCCGCAGCACCAGCACCAGCACCAGCAGCACCACCGCCACCAGCAGCAUCAGCAGCACCACCGACACCACCGACACCACCGACACCACCGACACCACCGACACCACCGACACCAGCAACAACAGCACCAGCAACAUCCUCUACAAGGGCAAGGGCUUCGGUACCUACUACUACGACGUUGAGCAGCUUCAGGCCUGCGGCGCCGACUUUACCACCCAGAACGUCGGCAACGUCAUGUGCGGCUGGGACAGCGUCAAGACGCUCAACGACAUCGACUCCAACAACCUCGUCGCCAUGAACAGCCUGCUGCUCAAGACCGCCGAGGGCCGUGCCAAGUACUGCGGCAAGCGGAUCAUUGUCACCGUCGACGGCGUCAAGUCCGACAUUCCCUUCUUCGUUGGCGAUGGCUGCGAGCGCUGCGCCCGCGGGGACGAGACGCAGUGGCAGUCUGGAGGGGCUGCUGGUCUCGACUUUUCCUUUUCGACGCUCAACAAGCUGUCCCCUCUGGCUUGCCAGGACGGCCACGUUGCAGUUGAGUAUGAGAUUGUCGAUGAGACUCUGUACCACUUUGAUACCAAUUAA